AUGGAUUUUCCAACUUCACGGAAAGCCUCUGUGCCGCAUUUGAUCCGCACUGCGGCAGAGCCAAGGCAGAACAGACUAUACUCUGUACGGCUUUCGCAUGUCGACGAGGUCAACCCAUCAGUGCGGUUGGUACAUUUGACGAUCCCUCCUUAUGUGCAGAGCUUGGAUGAGCAAGCUGAAGUAUCAGAUGGAGAAACCGAUCAACCACAACCACUCACCUUCCUCCCUGGCCAAUGGCUAGAUGUGCAUAUACCUGGCAUUGCCAAUGCCGGAGGGUUUAGUAUCACCUCCACCCCAGCUGAUGCGCAGGUGCUUCCCUCGCCAGGCCCUCCCUUGGAAUCCCUUACGGACGAGGAAACGGGUUUGCCUCCUAUAGAUCCGCGAGGAAGGGCGCCCUACGUGGAACUAGCCGUCCAAACUGCACCCGACAACCCAGCCAGUGCGUGGUUCUGGAAACCCAAGGACGAGAUCAUGGGCAAGGAGCUGAGUAUCCGCGUCGGAGGCAGCUUCGUCUGGCCUCCAUCAGGAAUCCCCCUCGACAAGAUCAAGAAGAUCAUCUUCAUCGCCGGCGGAGUCGGCAUAAACCCCCUCAUAUCCAUGCUUUCCCACCUAAACUGUAACAACGACGGCACCGCCGCCCUGCACCACCACCCAGACAUCCACUUCUUCUACUCCACCAAGCUCCCCAUCCCCGCAACCCCCUCCAUCCCCGAAAAGACCCCCGAGGCAACAAUCGACCAGAUCCUCUUCCUCUCGCGGCUGCGCGAGAUCGCGCAAGCGCAGGCACACUCCGGCCGUCUGCGCAUCGCGCUGAACCUCUUCCUCACGAAUCUCCACGAGGAGUCUGUCCCGCGGCUCUCGGAGCCCGUACCGGACUUGAACAUCCAGGCGCGCAGACUCCAGCCUGCUGAUCUGCGGCGGGCUCUUCAGGGGAGUGAGGGCAUCAUCCGGCCGGAGGAGUCGGUGUGCUAUAUGUGUGGGCCGCCGAAAAUGACGGAUGAGGUUGUGAGUACGCUUCAGGGGUUGCUGGGUGAUGGGCAGGAGCGCAUAUUCUUUGAAAAGUGGUGGUAG